CUCCCCCUAAGGCGGGAAUACGCGGGGCCCAAAAUGGCGGCUAGCCGGUACCGGCGUUUUCUUAAGCUCUGUGAGGAAUGGCCAGUGGACGAGACCAAACGGGGCCGGGACUUGGGCGCUUACCUGCGACAGCGGGUAGCACAGGCCUUUCGGGAGGGAGAGAAUACCCAGGUUGCAGAGCCUGAGGCCUGUGAUCAGAUGUACGAGAGCUUAGCGCGACUCCAUUCAAACUACUACAAACACAAGACACCUUGGAAGACAUUAAGGAAAUGGAUAAAAGCACGUGGAAGAAACUGCAGGAGAAGUUUGCCCCCAAGGGUCCUGAGGAGGAUCAUAAGGCCUGAGCUCAGGCCUUACCUCGUGCAAUACCUAGGUGUGGAGUCUUGUACAUUGCCAUCAAUAAAACUGUCCCAGUUUCCCCCUGACCUUACGGUUUGGGAAUCUCCUCUAGCUUUCCCAGAAAGGAAGCCCUUGCUGCUCUAAAGAAAGUUUCAGCCUGAGAAGGGAUGGUGAUUGAGCCAUCUGCUGUGACUGCUGCUUAGGGUAGGGAAAUCUCCUGGGGAGAGGAAAUGCAGGUUUCCCUCUGGAUCUGAUGAGGGUAAUGGGGCCUCGGCACAAGGUGCUUCCUGCAUUGCCACGGGAGCCCCCGCCCCUCCGGCAGGGGUCUGGUGUCUCCUGGCAAGAUACUCAGGCUCCCUUUUGUUGUAGGAGCUCCUGGGAGGAAGCCAAAAAUAGCAGUAAAUACUGAAAAGGGCAUCCUGUUGCAAACAGAAAGCAGCAGAGAGGUGUGAGGCCCAAGAGAGGCAAAAAGCCUGCUUGGCCCUCAUCCCCACUGACUCAGAGAAGGACGGACCUUAGGCCUCUGUCCCUGACCUUGCAAAAACCCACAUUGCCCAGUUGGCUUAAGGGACAGGGAAGCUAUAGACAGGCCUUGGCCAGGCAGGGCCUCAGCUGCAGUUGGCUUCAGCACUGUGGGCAGGUUCUGUAGGUGGCCACAAGUCAGAGGCCCUGCUGGCUGAGGACACACACAGGGUCACCUCGUUAUUCCAUGGAACCUUGGCUCUUACUGAUGUUGAGCAUCCUUCUGUCUGGAACCGUGAGGGACAGGGCUGGGCCCACAGCGCCCCUGGUGGGUACAAAGUGGAAGUGGGUUCUUAACCUCGUCUGUGUCUAGACUCCUCAGGAUGUUCUGAAAUGCAUAAAAUAAAAUCGACAGGACUGCCGUAGAAACC